GGCCUCUACUUGUGUUUCCCCCUGCUCAGCGGGAAGCUCAGAGGAGCUUGACAUUCGGGCUUCAAUUCCCAUGCAUUUCCGCUUCACUACAACCUGCUUUGCAGAACGGGGACAGAAAGCAGGGAGGGCCUCGGCUCCACAACCGGGUACAGCCCUGCACGCCAGCUCCCGAUUCCCCGGAUUCUGCGGUGCAGCCGGGAAAGCACGCCGCCCAGUCACCUUCCCGCUGUGCGGCCCUUUGCCGCCCCCUGCUGCCGCGGCGUGGACACGGCAGGCCCGCCCACCCGCCUCCGGAUUGGCCAGUGUGCAGGACUCGGGCGCCGAGGCCCCGCCUCCUCUCCGGGUCCUUUGAUCACGCGCCGGAGGGCUCUUCCGGGGCUAGAGCCAACCCACGGUGUUGCUGUCAGAGCAGCUCGGCGGGAGGGAGCCCAGGGGAGGCGCCCUCCCGAGGCCACCAUUGCCCAUGCAGACCACCCAGCCAUCUGGCUACUGAUGUCAUGAGUAACACGACAGUGCCCAAUGCCCCCCAGGCCAACAGCGACUCCAUGGUGGGCUAUGUAUUGGGGCCUUUCUUCCUCAUCACCCUGGUCGGGGUGGUGGUGGCUGUGGUAAUGUACGUGCAGAAGAAAAAGCGGGUGGACCAGCUUCGCCACCACCUGCUUCCCAUGUACAGCUAUGACCCUGCAGAGGAGCUCCACGAGGCGGAGCAGGAGCUGCUGUCUGAUGUGGGUGACCCCAAGGUGGUGCACGGUUGGCAGAGCAGCUACCAGCACAAGCGAAUGCCCCUGCUGGACAUCAAGACAUGACGGUUCAUGCCCCUCUUACUUGCUAUCCACAGCAGGCCCUAAGCCAAGCCUGUUUUCCUUGUGGAGUGGGUGACAGCCUUGCUUUCUCUAGCCUGUUUGGACCUUGCUGUGACAUAAUCCAAGAGGCUUCUGGAGUUGUUCCCAUGGCGACAGGCCCAGAUGUAUAUAUUUUGUAAAUAAACUUUGAUGGCUUCACUUUA